AAGCUGCCUAGAGCGUCCCGGAAGUGGCCAGGGAGGCGGGGUGGCGCGUUUCCGUCCGGCGGCGGCGACUCGCAGACCGCAGUUUCUAAAGUGCCAUGCGUAUGAGAGAGGCACCCGCGGCUCAGACGGUGAAACAUCAUUUAGCUGGAAAACAGCUCCCGGGGCCCCUCUCCUCUCUGGUCCAUGUGUGAGGGGAGAAGCUGCUGCCGUCCCUGCGGAGAAGGCCUGAGAUUCCAGCCGUGGGGAAGUGCAGGAGCCUGGAAGACCUGGGCCCUCCGAGGCUGAGGCUGCUGGAGCUGGAGGGAGGGACGGCGGCUUGGGGCCCCGCAUCAGCAAGACGGGUGGUCACGGGUGGCGAGAGGAAGGGGCGGGAAGGCGGCCAGUGUCGGGUUGGCCAGGACGAGCCCCCUCCUCAUGGCCUCCAAGCCGGCUGCCGGGAGGAGCCCCGGGGAGAAACGCAAGCGGGUGGUGCUGACCCUGAAGGAGAAGAUGGACAUCUGCCGGCGCCUGGAGGAGGGCGAGAGCAGGCGGGCGCUGAUGCAGGAGUACAACGUGGGCAUGUCCACGCUGUACGACAUCCGGGCCCACAAGGCCCAGCUGCUCCGCUUCUUCGCCAGCUCGGACUCGGACAAGGCCCUGGCGCACCGGCGCACGCUGCACACGCCCAAGCUUGAGCACCUGGACCGCGUGCUGUAUGAGUGGUUCCUGGUGAAGCGUGCUGAGGGUGUGCCUGUCUCGGGCCCCAUGCUCAUUGAGAAGGCCAAGGACUUCUACGAGCAGAUGCAGCUGACCGAGCCCUGCGUGUUUUCUGGCGGGUGGCUCUGGCGUUUUAAGGCCAGACAUGGCAUCAAGAAGCUGGAUGCAUCCAGCGAGAAGCAGGCGGCCGACCACCAGGCAGCCGAGCAGUUCUGUGGCUUCUUCCGGAGCUUGACUGCCGAGCACGGCCUGUCCCCCGAGCAGGUGUACAAUGCCGACGAGACCGGCCUUUUCUGGCGCUGCCUGCCCAGUCCUGGCAUGGAGGGUGGAGCAGGGCCCGGCCUCAGGCAGAACAGGGACAGGCUGACCGUCCUCAUGUGUGCCAACGCCACGGGCUCCCACAGGAUCAAGCCCUUGGUGGUGGGGAAGUGCAGCGGCCCCAGGGCCUUCAAGGGCAUCCAGCACCUGCCCGCAGCAUACAAGGCCCAGGGCAAUGCCUGGGUGGAUAAGGAGAUUUUCUCUGAUUGGUUCCAUCACAUCUUUGUCCCCGCGGUGAAGGAGCAUUUCCGAUCCCUGGCUUUGCCUGAAGACAGCAAAGCCAUCCUCCUGCUGGACAGCUCCCGGGCCCACCCGCGGGAGUCCGAUCUGGUGUCAGAGAAUGUUUUCACCAUCUUCCUGCCCGCCGGCGUCACCUCCCUGAUUCAGCCCAUGGACCAGGGCAUCCGGAGGGAUUUCAUGAGGAACUUCAUCAGCCCCCCCGUCACGCUGCAGGCCUUCCACCCCCGCUACAAUGUCAACGACGCUGUGAUCAACGUGGCCUGUGCCUGGAACGCGGUGCCAGGCGCUGUCUUCAGCCGGGCCUGGAGGAAGCUGUGGCCCGAGGUCACGUUCAUCGAAGGCUCGUCUUCGGAGGAGGAGCCUGAGCGUCUCAGGACUAAACCUCACGAACAGACGUUCGCACACAUCCCCGGGCUUGGGGGAGAUGCUCCUUCCCACCCCAGCCGAGGCCUGCUGGGGAGCAUGGCCGCCGAAGAGGGGCCAGGCGCGCCCACCGCGGGUCUGGGGUCUGCGGAGGAGGAGGAUGAGGCAGCCUGGGAGCAGGCAGCCGCGUCCUUUGACGCCGUGGUCCGCUUUGCGGAGGGGCAGCCCUGCUUCACGGCGCAGGAGGUGGGGCAGCUGCGUGCGCUGCGCUCCGUGUUCAUCAGGCGGCGGCAGUUGUCGCGGCGGCGCGGGGCCCUCAGGGCCACAGUCAAGCUUGAGGACCCCCAGGAGCGCUCUGGGGCCUGCGUCCCCCGGGCUCGCUCCCCUUUGCCCGGCUCGUCCACGGCGGGUAAGGACUGAGGCGGCCACACUCACAGAGCUCUCCUGGGAGGCCGGGCCACAGUGUCGGUGGUCCACUGCUCAGGGCAGCCCGUCCCUCCAAGGCUUUGCCCGCUGAUGGCAGUGCCUGCUGCCACCCGACGAGGCCGGCACUUCCCGAGGCCCACUACCGUCCCUGCCAGGGCUCAACUGCGCAUCUGGGGCCAGCCCUGGGUUAGGCUGGUCCCGAAGGCAGGUCACUGAGGGCAGGACUCAGUUAUAAAUGAGAGUCAGCGUAGCCCCCGCCUGUGGCUUCGCAGCCACGUGUCCGUCCCCCCUCCAUGCUCACAUGUCCCCACGUCAGCUGCGAUCACACUCCGCAGUACGAGUCUCAGCACUCCUCUGCAGCGUCAGCAGGUCUCCCCCCGCGGGCUCGUGCCCCCAGGCCCGGGGGCUGCACACUGAGCUGAGGUGGUGGGAUUGUUCCGUCGUAGCCGUCAGCAGCGUGCAGCCCAGUGCCGUCCCCCCGGUGCAGGACCACAGGGCACUGCCAGCGUUUUAGCAUCUUGGCUUGAAGUCCAGUAUAGAGUCCACUGUCCCUCGUUCCCCAGGAUUUCGCAUUUACGGCUUUUGUGUUAAUGAACCUUGACCAGAGUUUCGAAAAUUUGGGGUCAUAGAAUAAAAACAGUAAACAGGCUGCUGA